CAGGCAACAUUCAAGAGAAAAACAAAUAAAACAGAACAGUGGAGACAAAGGUGUCGGAACAUACUCGGUAUUUCUUCUCUCUUCGUCCUUCCUGUGCCUUUCUUGCUUCUUCAGUUCCACCGACGUCUAAUUCCCAAAACAACACCCUUUACUUUCUCCCUAUUUACUGUCUCUGCCCAUCAAUCAAGGGCUCCUUUCGAAUUGGAACUUUCGUCUGAAUCGGUCGCCUCGCCAGCCGUUCAAUAGUAGGAAAAUGCUGGUGCGGUGCCUGGGGGCCCGCCGAGUCCGCCAGAUCCAGCGCGCGAUUCGACACAGCACCGUCACAUUCCUCUGCCUCUUCCUCACAGUCGUCGUCCUACGCGGCACCAUCGGCGCCGGCAAGUUUGGCACACCCGGGCAGGACUUCGAGGAGAUCCGCGACCACCUCUACUCUCGUGGCCGGCGCGUCGAGCCCCACCGAGUCCUCGAGGAGGUCCAGCCAGACUCCGAGUCCGACCAGUCCAACAACUAUGCCACCUUCGAUAUUUCGAAAAUCCUCGUCGACGACGAACCCGAGGAUCAAAAGCCCGACCCGAACAAGCCAUACAGUCUCGGCCCGAAGAUCUCGGACUGGGACCAACAGAGAGCCGAGUGGCUGAGAAACAACCCGGAUUUCCCGAGCUUCAUCAGACCCAAUAAGCCCAGGGUGCUCCUGGUCACCGGGUCCUCUCCGAAACCUUGCGAAAACCCAGUCGGUGACCAUUACCUAUUGAAGUCCAUUAAGAACAAAAUCGAUUACUGCAGGCUGCACGGGAUAGAGGUUUUCUACAACAUGGCCCUUCUCGACGCCGAGAUGGCCGGUUUCUGGGCGAAACUUCCACUGAUUCGGAAACUCCUGCUGUCGCACCCCGAAAUCGAGUUCCUCUGGUGGAUGGACAGUGACGCAAUGUUCACCGACAUGGCGUUCGAGGUCCCCUGGGAUCGCUACAAAGACCACAACUUCGUUAUGCACGGUUGGAACGAGAUGGUAUACGACGACAAGAACUGGAUCGGUCUGAACACUGGUAGCUUUCUGUUAAGGAAUUGCCAGUGGUCGUUGGACAUUCUUGAUGCGUGGGCUCCAAUGGGACCCAAGGGAAAAAUCCGAGACGACGCAGGGAAGAUACUGACCAGAGAGCUCAAAGGUAGGCCGGUUUUCGAGGCCGACGAUCAGUCCGCAAUGGUGUAUUUGUUGAUGAAGGAGAGGAAUAAAUGGGGAGAUAAAGUGUAUCUAGAAAGCGCGUAUUAUCUCCACGGUUAUUGGGGGAUUCUGGUCGAUAGGUACGAGGAGAUGAUAGAGAACUACCAUCCGGGACUCGGCGACCACCGGUGGCCGCUGGUCACCCAUUUCGUGGGUUGCAAGCCCUGUGGGAAGUUUGGCGACUAUCCGGUGGAGAGGUGCUUGAGGCAGAUGGACCGGGCGUACAACUUCGGGGACAAUCAGAUUCUGCAGAUUUAUGGGUUCACGCACAAGUCCCUUGCUAGUAGGAGAGUGAAGAGAGUGAGGAACGAGACCAGCAAUCCGCUUGAAGUGAAGGACGAGCUGGGGUUACUUCACCCUGCAUUCAAGGCUGUCAAGAAAAUGACUGGAAUUUGAGAAAUGGCAUGAAGACUCAGAAAGAAGCAUGAAGUUUGAGAAAUGGCAGAAAGAUGGUUAAAGACGCUGGGGAUGUCAAACAUGGAAUACCAUUCAAAGUUUGAGGUUGGACAUGGAAGACAGGGCUGUAUCUGCGCACCUGGGUGUAUGUGAAUUUACAGUGUCUCUUGCAACUACAAUUCUUGUGAAACUUAGGAAUGAAUAUGCAGGUGAAUAGAGCAGUGAGAGUGGAAUGUUUUGGCCAUGAAGGGGCAAAUUGUGACGAGGAAAGGGAUGCUGUGCAGGGAACAAUGGGAAUGAAUUACAGUUAAGUGAAGGAAUAGUGCAUGCAGUUUGACUGGGGGGAUCUUUUCUUGAGUUGGGUAACUGGAAAUUGAUGAGAACGAAAUUGGAGAAUGGUCUGUGCUCAAUGUUAAUACGAGGGGUUCCUUUGUUUAGUGGAAGGAACUAUGGUAGUGACUUUGAAAAUCUUUUUUUACGUGACAUCAAAUGAUUAAUAGAUGAGUUAUUUUAUUA